AUGAACAGGAAGAGUAUAGUGAUAAAGAGGAUCAAACACAAGGCUGAUACCAAGGACAUCAGUCUAUCACCCAAACACAAGGCUGAUACCAAGGACAUCAGUCUAUCACCCAAACACAAGGCUGAUACCAAGGACAUCAGUCUAUCGCCCAAACACAAGGCUGAUACCAAGGACAUCAGUCUAUCACCCCAACACAAGGCUGACACCAAGGAUAUCGGUCUAUCACCCAAACACAAGGCUGAUACCAAGGACAUCAGUCUAUCACCCAAACACAAGGCUGAUACCAAGGACAUCAGUCUGUCACCCAAACACAAGGCUGAUACCAAGGACAUCAGUCUUUCACCCAAACACAAGGCUGACACCAAGGAUAUCGGUCUAUCACCCAAACACAAGGCUGAUACCAAGGACAUCAGUCUAUCACCCAAACACAAGGCUGAUACCAAGGACAUCAGUCUAUCACCCAAACACAAGGCUGAUACCAAGGACAUCAGUCUAUCGCCCAAACACAAGGCUGAUACCAAGGACAUCAGUCUAUCACCCCAACACAAGGCUGACACCAAGGAUAUCGGUCUAUCACCCAAACACAAGGCUGAUACCAAGGACAUCAGUCUAUCACCCAAACACAAGGCUGAUACCAAGGACAUCAGUCUGUCACCCAAACACAAGGCUGAUACCAAGGACAUCAGUCUUUCACCCAAACACAAGGCUGAUACCAAGGACAUCAGUCUAUCACCCAAACACAAGGCUGAUACCAAGGACAUCGGUCUAUCGCCCAAACACAAGGCUGAUACCAAGGAUAUCAGUCUAUCACCCAAACACAAGGCUGACACCAAGGACAUCGGUCUAUCACCCAAACACAAGGCUGAUACCAAGGACAUCAGUCUAUCACCCAAACACAAGGCUGAUACCAAGGAUAUCGGUCUAUCACCCAAACACAAGGCUGAUACCAAGGACAUCAGUCUAUCACCCAAACACAAGGCUGACACCAAGGACAUCAGUCUAUCACCCAAACACAAGGCUGAUACCAAGGACAUCUGUCUAUCACCCAAACACAAGGCUGAUACCAAGGACAUCAGUCUGUCACCCAAACACAAGGCUGAUACCAAGGACAUCGGUCUAUCACCCAAACACAAGGCUGAUACCAAGGACAUCAGUCUAUCACCCCAACACAAGGCUGACACCAAGGAUAUCGGUCUAUCACCCAAACACAAGGCUGAUACCAAGGACAUCAGUCUAUCACCCAAACACAAGGCUGACACCAAGGACAUCAGUCUGUCACCCAAACACAAGGCUGAUACCAAGGACAUCAGUCUUUCACCCAAACACAAGGCCGAUACCAAGGACAUCAGUCUAUCACCCAAACACAAGGCUGAUACCAAGGACAUCAGUCUUAUCACCCAAACACAAGGCUGA